AUCUCACUUGUUCUAUAUAAACGCCUUGUCUUUUAGCAUUCUCUGUAUUUAUAGCUUUCGAUGGUUCAGACAGAUAAGGAUCGAAGGAUGAGUCUUAAUUUGAAUCUUUCCAUGUACUCUAUUGCAAAACCCUUAUCUCAAUUUCUCGAUGAAGUGUCGAGGAUCAAAGACAAUCAUUCGAAGCUGUCUGAGAUCGAUGUUUAUGUCGGAAAAUUGGAGGAAGAGAGGAAAAAAAUCGAUGUUUUUAAACGGGAGCUUCCUCUAUGCAUGCUCUUAUUGAACGAAGCGAUUGAGAGGUUAAAGGAAGAGGCUUCAUCAGUGAUGAUGGCAUCAAAUGGUAAAUUGGAUGUGGGUCAAGGGUCAAAAUUGGAAAAUGAUUAUAAGAAGAACUGGAUGAGCUCUGCCCAGUUAUGGAUCUCCAACUCUAACUCGACAAAUAAAGAAGAAGAUCGGUGUGUGACUCAGACUCCAUUUCAGACAUGUAAUAACCUUAAUCAGGGAGGGGCAUUUCUGCCAUUUAAGCCUCCUCCAGCUCCUCUGCCUCUCAUGACUCCGAUGAUGGACUGUAACAGAACUGAGCAGAAUCAUCAAUUCAACAAACCUUUACAGAGUCAUCACCACAUUCCGAAGAAAGAGCAGAGAAGGAGAUGGUCACAGGAUCUUCACCGGAGAUUCGUUGAUGCUCUUCGUAGGAUUGGAGGGUCACAAGUGGCCACACCAAAGCAGAUUAGAGAUGAGAUGAAAGUUGAUGGUUUAACCAAUGAUGAAGUCAAGAGCCAUUUACAAAAAUAUAGAAUGCAUAUCCGUAAGCAUCCUUUGUCAUCCUCGGAUCAGCCUAGGGAAACACAGAGCUUAAUAAGUUUGUCAAGAUCAGGUUCUCCACAAAGCCCGCUUGUUGGUAGAGGUUUGUUCAAUAAUAAUGGUAGUCAUAUCUCAGAGGAUGAUGAGGAGGAGGAGAAGUCUGAUGGGCGUAGCUGGAGAGGUGAGUCUGAUAAGAAGAGACAAGUGGUGGAUUUUGAGCUUUGAAAGAUCAAAUCAUAAUACUAUGCAUAGUGAUGAUGCAUCCAAAAUCAUAAUACUGUCAAUCAUAAUACUUCAUAGGAGGAAACUGAUCAAUCAAAAUUUUUGUUUAAUAGUUAAUCUCAGUCUUGUGAAAGUAAAUCUAUCAAUCUGUUUGAUAAUUACCUUGGCAAACAGAGGAUGAAGACAAUCACAACCUUUGUCUUUUGUAAUGCUUCGUUUUCUCCAAUCUAACCCAAUUUGAGAAUAGUAAUGAAAAGAAUCCUUUUUUUU